AUGAUUUUUUACGGAGUGGAAGGUUUUAUAGAUUUCUAUCGAAGAGCAAGAGGGGGCCUACGAAGUUUUUCAAAUGCACUUGCGGAUGUAUUAAUUUCUUCUAGAAAGAGCAGGAACCUCCUGUGAAGGCCGUCGCCUGAGGAGAUCUCCCGGUCGUAACGUGGGGAGAAGCAGGCCGCAUGCUUAUCAGGGCAAGCGGUUAGUGGAUCUGGUUGAAAGAGUGGCCCCAGUGAAUGAGGGCCGCCGCCUCUCAUGAUGUCACCUAGUAGACCAUAUAUAAGCGCUGGCCUUGUUGUUCUACGGAGAGCUAGCAGCAAGCAACUCCGUGGCCCAUGCGCUUGCGUUGCUGCGCAGGUUCGCAACAAAAAGGCACGCCGCCGCUGUGCUGUUCGUUGCCUGCCACUCGGGUGCCGCGGCUGCGCCUCGCGCGUCCGCAGGACGCGACCGGGCAGCAAGCCGAGUGGCACCGCCGACGAGCGCAGCUGCGCUACCGUCAGGGGAGCGCAGCCACCCAGAUGGCUGGCCACCCCACCCUCCCGGAUGCCGCCCCUUAUCCGAGCUCGGCCAAGCCCAUACCGAGAAUUAUAGCGCCGACCGUUGAUAGUGCGCGGCCACCCGGUUGGUCGGUACUAUGAAGAGCGCGCCACGACAGGCGAGCCCUGUGGCACCACUGAAACGGCCACACAGCAACACACUGGCGGCGCACAACCGCCCACGAGUUGAGCGCCCCCAGACAUGCAGAUGCUUGCUGUGGCUACGCAGUGCAAUUCCAAAUCGGACGAAAAUCUACGGCAGUCGUGGGGAGGUGUUGGUGUUCGCGAGGCACUACGUCCGACGCGCCUCCGAGCCGUGAGGGCACUCGGAAGGGUAGGAGAGAGGGACCGAGAGUGCACCUGCUCCGGGUGCGGGAGAUCCUGGCGAGACAGAUCCCACAAUGCACUGAGGCCCAUCCGUCCCCUUGUACGUGCGAUGUUUGUGCACAGUGGUCGGCAUCGCCUGUGGCUUCGAAAAUAAUAGAAAGAGCAGGAAGGGCUAGGGCAAGAAGUGCGUCAUGUGAAGAAAAAAAGAACCCUUGUAAAAUGCCACCAGAGUCCAAGGAAUUCUACGUGUAAACAAAAGAACGUGACGAUUAUCCUGAGUAAAAACGUACCCACACCAGAGUCAGGAUGGGGAAUCUGCUAGACAAAUCAGCCAGCUUUGGUUGUUUGGCAUGACAAGUUUGCCCGCGUAGUGUAGUGCUGUUGGAGCUAGUUUAGCAGCAUUACAGAUCUAGCCUCUCGCGCUGAUUGGAGCAUGACAAAUUUCAAAACCGCAUUAGAAAAUGCUUCUCAUGGGGCUCCGCAUGAGAAACAUUUUAAGCAUGCAGAGUUGCAUGACAACUAUGGCGUGGGUACUUACGUUUUUACUCAGGAUAACGAUGAUGAUGAUGAUUUUUUACGGAGUGGAAGGUUUUUAGAUUUCAUCAAUCGAAAAGGUCUACUACGAAGUUUUUCAAAUGCACUUGCGGAUGUAUUUCUUCUAGAAAGAGGAGGAAGAGCAAAAGGGGCGUCAUGUGAAGAAAAAAAGAACCGUUGUAAAAUGUAUGACCGGGCAGCAAUGGUCUUGCGAGCUUGUGAGUCAAGGCCAAGGAUGGUCGGUCUGUAUUUUAUGCAUCGAGUGCAAGCUCUUCCUCAACGGUAACCAGAACCGAAGUCAGAUCAGUGCAGCGGUGACGCAGGUUUUGCGUCAUUUUUCUGUUGCUGAAGAUUCUUCGAGUUCUCAGGGAGUCGCGCCCCUGCCGAUGGUAGCCUAUUUGAUUCUGCAUCUGUUUACCAGGGAGGCUCGUGUUGUGUUAACCUGGGGAUGCGGGGGAUUGAUGCUAUUUUGCCCUACGUGGCUUUGAUUUCCCAGGGGUCAGGAGACGUGAUGUCGUUCUGGCUGGGUACGUGGUUUUAUUCAGACAUCUGGAGAAGUAGAAACGAUCUCUACUUCGUACGGAUGCGUAUUCGAUCUAUUUGAUUGGGUGAUCCAAUCAUAGUGAUUCGGGUGUUCCGAUCACUGACUCUGGCUGUUUUGCUUCUUGCACUUGUUCGGCUCUGUGGCACUGGCGGUAACCAAUCCGUUAAACCUAAGAGAGGACCGGCGUGGGACGCAAAGCACUGGGGGCGUUUGGUGGAUGUUAAAUUUUGAUGGUUCUCAGUGCUAGGAGCCGAACUUGCGGCCAAGAUGUCAAAACAACUGUGGUCAGUGAUCGGAAAUCUUCUCCUUUUAUUUUCCGGCUGGGUAUGCCGUUUUCAAUACCAUUCCUGAUUUUUCCUUUCCGUGACUUUGUUUUCGCUUCAGGCCUUGAGGGUGAGAGCGCUAGGUUUCUGAGCAGACUUCGAUAUGUUAGGAUGCCGUGCUGCCCGAAUCCAAGGAAUUCUACGUGUAAACAAAACGUGAUGAUGAUCAUGAUGAUGAUUUUUUACGGGGUGGAAGGUUUUUAGAUUUCAAUCGAAAAGGUCUACGAAGUUUUUCAAAUGCACUUGAUGCGGAUGUACUUCUAGGAAGAGCGGGAAGGGCAAAAGGGCCGUCAUGUGAAGAAAAAUAUAGAACCGUUGUAAAAUGCCUGCAGUACUAUCAUCCUGCCGUGGCCGCUCUAAGAAACUAAAGGUGAACCACAGUGCAAAGAAACUUAACGAAAUUGAUGCUGCAUCGGUUUUUUGGUUCGAUAGCCCUCUCCUUGACAAAGUUUCUCGAUGUGAAUCUAGUUUAGAUUGUGAAUCAGUUGUCUGAAGAAUGAGAAAUGUGGAUGGCAAUUUUACCAAUACAGUCGCGAACUUGAUUUUUUUCUACAUAGUACCAAGAGCUCAAUUGGUCCUUCUGCGGACUGGCUUUUGGCUGCAGAUUAAUGAAGGUUAGUCUUUACAACUACCCUACAAUUUAUUACAAAUAUUUCGUUUCUCCCGAGGUAGAAGUGCCUCACCCUUCACCUGUCAAACCAUUACUUAAUCUCCCUACCGGCCUUCAGAAUCUAAAUCUAUUACCUCUCCACUAAAACCUACAUCCCUAAAUUUUUUUUGCGUCUCCGGUGCUCAGCUGCUCAUGCGGGCGACUUUCCUCGAGUGAAGUAAAGAUCUCUUUGCUUUACGGAAGCACCAGUGUCAGCAAUCUAACCUUUUGAACUUUUGUGUAAAAAGUACAGUACGAUGAAAAAGUCAAAUUGUUUGGCCAGUUUGUCGUCUCAAAAAGCGAUUGGAUAUUUUCAAGAGCCC